AUGCCUCAUACAGAGUACCAGCUGGACUCCCAACCUCUGCUGCCAUGUGAACUUGCAAGAGAAAAGGCCCUCACCGCCGGAGCCCCCUAUAUCCCGCAGUGCUCGGAGGAGGGGCUAUACAGGAAUAUACAGUGCGAUAGAAAUGGCGCCACCUGCUGGUGUGCAGACGCUGAUGGCGCAGAGGUUCCUGGCAGUAGAAGGACCGGCUCGCCAGUAACAUGUUUAUCCUUCUGUCGUCUGAAGAAGCAGCAGACCUUACUGUCCGGAUACCUGAGCGGCGGCUCCACGUCCUUCAUCCCUCGCUGCACAGAACCCGGAGACUAUGAACCCGUCCAAUGUGAUCAGCAGCAGCCGGGGGAGUGCUGGUGUGUGGACAGCGAAGGCAUGGAGAUCUAUGGGACCCGCCAGAUGGGGGCGCCACUGCAGUGUCCCCAGAGGUGCGCGGUUAGAGAUCGCCGGAUCCUGCACGAUGUCGGUGAGAAGACCCCUCAGUGCGGCGAGGAUGGCGGCUUCACCCCCGUCCAGUGUAACUGUGAUACCACCGACCGGAUGGUGCUCGAUGUUGUGACCAGUUUCAGCAGGUUUCCAAAUACCUUCAAGUCCUUUAAAUCUCUUAGAGAAUCAUUUCCAGAGGUGUCUGGAUAUUGCUACUGUGCUGACGUAGGACGGGAACUUGAGGGCACAGGUCUGGAGAUGCUGCUGGAUGAAAUCUAUGAUACCGUAUUUUCAGGACUUCCCCCUUCACGGUCAUUCCCAGAAACGGCGCCAUCUAUCAUAGCUGCAAGACGAUUUCUGGGAGUUCAGCUAAUCACCUCAGGCAGAUUCAGAUGUCCUAGAGCUUGUGAAGUUCAGCGCUUUACAUCUGCACGUAUGGGGGAUUUAUACAUACCAUCUUGUGAAGAUGAUGGGGGUUAUAAGUCUAUGCAAUGCCAGGAAGGGGGACAGUGUUGGUGCGUGGAUUCCACGGGGCGGGAAAUUGCUGGAUCACGGACUGUGGGAGAAACAGCAAAGUGUGAUAAUUUUGAAGACUGUACAACCAGAAGAAGACAAUCACUCUCCACCUUGUUUUAUGGAACAAUAGGCCACUUUAGUCAACAGAGUUUGUACUUCACUCAAGAAGAGGAGUCAGGGACAAAGAUCAGCUCCAGAUUAUGUCCCUCCUACUUGGUGGAGGCAUUAAUGAAUACUGGACUCUUGGCUGGCCAAGAUAAAGGAUUUGAGGCUCAGGACUUUCUUGGUGAUGCAAUCCUUGGUCUCUUCACUUCUAAAACACAAGUAAAAUUUGCUCUACAAUUCGCUUCUAACCCCAUGAAAUUUCAACAAACCCUUUUUGGGGAAUUUUUAAAAAAUUUGGGUUCAUUUAAUUUCACUGGUGCAGUUGGUACUAAUAGCAAAUUCAGUUUUAGUGAAUUUUUUCAACAAAUUGGCCUAACAGGAACGUACAGUGGAGGAAACUUCAAAGAACUUGCAAAUUAUUUUCCUCUGAAGAAGAUUCUUACUGACCAAAGAUUCAUUAAACUCAUCAAACCAGAAUUCAACCUCAACCAAUCAAUACAAUCCAGUUUUGGGCAUACAGUUAAUCUACGAGAAAACCGCAACCGUGUUGAAUAUCUUGAGUCGCUCUUGCAACGUAAGGAAUUUUCAACAUUUCUCAGAGAUGUGGUUUCCAUUCCACCCUAUGUUGCGGAAGACAUUUUUAAAGCUGUGAAGAUACUGAUUGAUUCUGAAGCCUGUGAGAAUAGACCAGGGACGUUUGUCCCAAGAUGUACCAAGGAUGGCCGAUAUGAGGAAAUCCAGUGCAGUAUGUCUGAAUGUUGGUGUGUUAAUGAACAAGGUCGGGAAAUUCAAGGAACAAGGACACAAGAUCAACAACCAAGAUGCUCUUCAAAGUGUUUGAGGGAGCGGGAAGACUCAAAUAGCUUCCAGAGGAGCCAAUCUGCUGGGUCGGAUGUGUAUAUCCCGGUUUGUGACCAGAAAGGAAAUUAUUUGACUGUUCAGUGUGCUGGCAGACAUUGCUUUUGUGUUGACCUGGAGGGCAAGAAUAUUCCGGGAACUCAAAAAUUAUCUGGAGAAAAUAUUCAAUGUCCAAGUUCCUGUCAACUGGCUGCCAGCAAUGCCUUUCUACAGGCCACAAGGUCAUGGUUAUCUGUGCCCACCCCACCACUGGAUCCUUUACAAGUUUACAUCCCCCAGUGCUCCCCUGAAGGAGAAUGGAGAACAAUUCAAUGCAGCGGCCCAACGGAGCAAGCCUUUGAAUUAUACGAGAGGUGGACAAACCAGACUGGAACUGUCUCAUUCUUGGAAACUCUUAAAGUCCUACUGAAGUAUAAGGAGUCUUCUUCUCAAAGGUUUUCUGAUUUUGUGCAGAAUCUUUAUGACAAGGGGUACCAGAAUGUUUUCCCUGCUUUCUCCAGAUUUUCUCACUUUAAUGACGUUCCACAGGAGAUCUUGGAAGGAAACUUGACUAUUUCAUCAUCCGAUAAUAUCCUGCUGAACCCUUAUAUUUUCUGGAGACUAAUCAGUGGCAGUCUUUCCUACUAUCCAGGGUCAUAUAGUGAUUUUUCCACACCCCUUGGACACCUGGACACGCGUAGCUGUUGGUGUGUGAAUAUGGAUGGAGAAAAACUUGAAGGAACUGAUGCACCACCCAAUAAGUUUCCAAAAUGUCCUGGGUCUUGUGAAUUAGCUAAAAUGAAGACCUCACAAUUCCUAGAAGACGCCAGGAGCAUUAUUGCUGCAUCAAAUUCUUCCCACUUUCCUUUGGCCUACAGCUUCCUAGUGGCCAGUGGACUCCGGCUGUCCGAGAGGGAUUUGCUGUACACACCGGAUCAGAAAUCUGCAAUUGUGGUAUCUGAGAAGUUCUUGAGUAAAGACGCUUAUGGGCUGAAGCUUGCUGCCUAUUCCACUCUGCAGUUUUUCUGGCAAAGUGGAGCAAAUUCUAGAGAAACCACUGAGUUGUCCUACAUCCCAUACAGCCCUCAGUGUGACGGACUUGGAAACUGGAACCCAGUCCAGUUCUAUCAAGGUUCAGGUCAUUACUGGUGUGUUGAUGAUGAAGGAAGCUACAUUCCUGGUUCCCUUGUGACAAGAACCUCUGGUCCUCCACAGUGCCACACUUCCUGCCAACAAGCUAAGGUGAACUCUCUGGUCUCCAACUGGAUGUCUAUGAAAUCUGCUGCUAUCAAGACCAUCACUUCUAGUCAAUUUAUACCACUCUGUACCGAGGUAAUCUACCAUGAUCCAGGGCAACUAUUCUUUGCUGAAAUGAGUAAUUAUAUCCAAAGCCAAAACUGUGCAGGUGACUUAGAGAUUUCUCAUCAAACUGGAAGUUAUAUGGUGACCAUGGAUAUGUCCUUUAGGAGGGUGAGCUGUAGCCUGCAGUGGCUUGCUGUGCCUAACAUGAAGCACUCUAUUUCCAAGCUCUAUAUUUGUCUUGAGCCGCAGGUCACCUGUAUUACCAAAAAGAAGAAAUGGGCUCUCCAGUUAUACAAGGGCAUACAAACCAUAGAGGCAGAGCAUGCAGCUGCAAUGAGACCCUUUUCAAUAGAGGAGGCCGCAGCCAUGUCCGGGCAAUAUGCUACUUUGCAAAAAUCAGAGACCGAAUCCUGGUGCGUGCAUCCGAUAAGCGGCAAAGUUGUCUUACAAGACAUCGAUAGUUUCGAGAACAUCACAUGUCCUGGUCUUUGCGCCAUCCGUAAAUCUGAAGAUAGGGUUCUGGGUGAGCAGAUUAUUCCCUCGUGUGAUGAAAAUGGAAACCCCACCCGGGAGCAGUGCAAUCAGGAGAGAAAUCAGUGUGUCUGUGUCUUCAUACAUGGUGAAGAGGCUGCAGGAACACAAGUGACCAUGUCCGAAAAGUCAGGACCUAGCUGUCAAGCUCCGCAGUGUCCUUUUCCAUUUGAUGCCCAGGAUAUCAAGCACGGAUCUGUCUUCUGCCAGGAGGACUUGGAGUCAGGGGAGAAGUCACAGAGAUGUCGUGUUGUGUGUCACAAGGGCUACAACAAUAUGUUCCCCAGUAGUGUAUUCACCUGUGACCCAAAAACUCAACGAUGGACCCCAGAGCCUCCUCAUGUCCAGGCCUGUCAAAGGCUGGAGUUCUUCCAGACGGUCCAAACUCAGGCCUGGUUCCAGCUCAUGCUGCCUCCUGGUAAAAUGUGCAUGGGUGACUACGCCGGGGUACUACAAAGCUUUCAAUCUUUUAUAUUGGAUGAUCUGAAAUCACGAGGAUUGUGUGAAAUUCAGAUACAAAGCUUUGAGAGUGACGGAGAAGGACGUCUAUCCUUAUGUGAUGACUCCACGGUCCAUGUUGAAUGUUUGUCCUCAAACCGACUAGGAGUAAAUGUAACAUGGACGGCUCAGCUACAACAAAUUCCAGUGUCCUAUCUGCCUAGCUUACAUGACAUUGAAUCGGCCCUUGCUGACGAGGACUUGGUUGGGCGCCUCUUAUCUCUUGUCAGACGUGGCGACUACUCCCUGAAUUUGGAUUCCAAGCUGUUUGAGGCAGAUAAGUCAGAUUUCCUCCCAGAAGACGCCUUCUUGCGGGUCACACUCCAAUGUGCUGACGGCUUCCAGAAAGUUCUGAAUUCCAGGACAGAGGAUAUCAGGGAUGUGGGAGGCUGCGGGACCUGUCCACCUGGAAGUUACUAUGUGGACGGGCAGUGCACACCUUGCCCUGUGGGAUUGUAUCAAGAAAAAGCUGGGGCAAGUGGAUGCCAGCAGUGCCCACUGGGCACCUCCUCCCUCUACUCUGGAGCCUAUAGCCGCAGCCACUGUGUCACCAGUUGCCGGAGGAACGAGCGAGGUCUACGGUGUGAUUAUCGGGGACAGUUCCUCCCGUCCCAGCGAGAUACUGCAACAAACAAGUAUUUCUGUGUUGACAACUCUGGUGGGAAACUGACGUGGACGGAAACUGACAUGGAUCUCACCGAUGAUCAGUGCUUGUUGUUGCAGAGAUUUGAACUGGUCCCAGUGGGCAAUCUGAUGGUCAGUAAUGAGGAUUCUGGAACAAAUCAGUCCAGUCAAGUAAAGGAGAAGCGGGGACGACUGGUCGACUGCAUUGCUGAUUGUUCUGAGGAUGAAGAUUGCGACUACCUGGCAGUAUCUACAAAUGGGAGUGGAGUGAUAUGUCAGCUGUACUCCGGGGAAGGAUCCGACAUCAUGUGCACCACAGAUAAUCCCACUCCUGGUGCCCUGGGUAACUCUGCAUCCACCACCAUGGACGGCCUCCGCUGCCAGUAUAAAAUAAAACUGAUGACAGUAGACAGUGUUGCCGUAUACCGGAAACGGGGACAAGAGUUUGGUGAUCACGGAGGCUUUACCCGCACUGACUUCGCUAAUGCCUUCUCUGGAGUGUACAGUGCAAUGCUUUUCCCAUCCAGUGGUGGCGCCAGUUUCACGGAUGGAUAUUUCAUGUGUCGCCAGACGUGCGCUCAGGACUCCUGCUGUGAUGGCUUCAUACUUAGCCGGGUCAUAUUAAAUCAAGGCACCACAAUCUGUGCUCUGCUCGGCUCUCCCGACUCCCUGCUGUGUGCUGUAAAUGACUGGAGUAAGACCUCCCGACUGGGUGGAGAUGGGAUCUGCAGAGGAGUCAAAUCCAAUCCGGAGCAGAAGAAAUUCUCUUUCUUCUUAGGAGGACAGGAGUUCUCUGGCAGUUACUCACUGUUAUCUCAGAGCAUCGGGAUGGCAGAUUACUCCACAGGACUGAGUCAGGAGAUGAAGGCAGACAUUCAGGAUCUCUUCUUUGCCUUUCAGCGGGUUUUCCUACGUAAAGAGAAGACACGGGCUGAACAUUUCUGGAUGUCCACAGGUAGAGACCAGGAGCAAUGCUACCAGCUUUUCAGAAGUCCUGGAGACAUGGGUCCAGGAGGAUUAAAGACUGAGGACGUCGCUAUUAACAAAGACAUUACAGGGUCAAAUAUAGAAUACUGGAUUUCUAAAAGAUUAUACUCAUCUGACCGAGCCUUGUCCUGGUGUCUGACACGUUGUCUUGAAGAAGAGUCUUGGUGUCGUCUUGCAGAUUUACGAGACAGGCCACUGGAAUACUUUUCAUGUCUCCUUUACCCGGACAUGUGGAAUUGUAAUAAUCUCACUGACCGAGCUGCAGAUCAUUGCGCCAUUGCUCUGAGCGAGAAGCCGCAGUCCCUGCAUCACAGGAGAGAGACCCUUGGUGACAAGGUGAAGCAUUUCUACAGUCUCGUCCCAUACCGGACCCUGAGCGAGGUAUCUGUGAGGAACAGGAUAACAGUGACCGGGACAAGUGUAUCCAAGGGAUUUUUCCAGUGUGAGCUGCACUGUGAUGCGGAUCCGUGUUAAGGAUUUGGAUAUGUUCAACAAACUGCCCAUGGUCCAUAGACACAAUGGAUUUGUUUGCUGGUGUCCAGUUUGGGAAUACAGUCCUGCGCGGAAGCGGACGGUGACUCUUGGCGCGUUUCCAACUGCAGUCUACCAAACAACGGGAUAGAAGCAUUGCCAUUUGGCUGGUACCAGAAGCCAGGUGACCAGAGCACAAUUUCCCCCACUCUGUGCCCAUCUGCUAAUAUCCUUCCCACUGCAGAACCAGAAGCCCGCCUGGACAGAUGGAUCGCUCUGGACGUCUCGUCUGUAUCCCUCGAUCCUUCCCUCACCGAUUUUGACACUGUUCAGAUUGACCUGAAUUCAGGGAUGACGCUCCCUUCCGCCCGGAGCUAUUGUCUGUCAGCAUGUGACCGUGUCGCGUCCUGCGUCACCACGACCGUCAGCGUUCAGCAAAAAUACGUAAAAUGCACAUUUUACCCAGAGACACAGACCUGCCUUUAUAAUCUGAGAGGGGCUCAGUGCCAGCUUCUGGUCCGAGAACCAGCGUCCGCCAUCUACAGCAAGAAAGGUACCGGCGGCAUUGUGGGCAAACCUGGAUCCAUUUUCAUCGGUUCUGAUAUGAAGCAUGUGAACCAGUUCCUGGGCAUUCCUUAUGCUGCGCCACCCACCAGUGAGAACCGUUUCCGCCCCCCUCAGCCGUAUACCUGGACCGGCACAUGGAAUGCCACCUUCAUCAGGCCCAGCUGUCUACAACCCGGGGACGGGAAGGCUCAGUAUUCGUCUGUUAGUGAGGACUGCUUGUACCUAAACCUGUUCAUUCCGCAAAAUUAUAGAACAAUCUCCCCCGUUCUGCUGUAUUUCCACAACAGUCCCAAGGACUACGCUGAAAACGGGCAGACGUUUGUCGAUGGCUCUUACCUGGCAGCCAUAGGGGACAUCAUCGUGGUCACUGCAAGCUACAGAGUUGGCGUCUUUGGUUUCUUAAGCUCGGGUAACACUAUGCCCAAUGGGAACUGGGGUCUUCUCGAUCAGUCUGCAGCCCUGAAAUGGAUCCAGGAAAAUAUUGCUUACUUUGGAGGUGACCCAGAGCAGAUCAGUAUUAUCGCUGACCGGGCAGGCGCUGACCUCGCCAGCAUUCACUUAUUGUUACCAGAGGCAACACCUAUUAAAAGAGCUGCCCUCAUGGUGGCACCUGUAGAGAAGGGACAGCUCAUUGCAGGUUUGGACUGCUCAUGGGAAAGCGAAGGAGGGGGCCUGAGAUGGGCCAAUGCUGUGAGCUCAGGGUCUGUGAUGAUGAGAGUUGGCAUCUUUGCUCGAAUAGAGAAGUUGGUCAGUCGCGGUUUGCGGAAGUUUCCAUCCAUCAGCGUUCACAAACGGAAACCGCCAGAUUUGCAGAUAAGAGGGCAAUGUUCGAGGAGUGGUUCAGUUCUGACUGGGGGCUCUGCCUUUUCUCCAAUGUUACCGGUGAGUGAGAAAAGAGCUCGACAACAAGUUCAAUCUUUGGCGGUGGAAGUGGGAUGUCCAUUUGCUGGUGGUGAAGAGACCUUGUCCUGUCUACGCAAAGUAGAUGCCAACAUCCUGAACGCAGCACAAACCAAGCUUCUCGCUGUACAAGGACCAUUUCAGACUUGGGGACCAGUAGUUGAUGGUGUUUACCUCCGGGAUACAUUGUCAAACUUACUACAGCAGAUUACUACCCAACAUGUAGACCUGCUUAUUGGAAGCUCUGAGCAUGAUGGAUUGGUCAGCAGAUCUAUGGCAAUUAAGAGGUUUGAAGAAGCUGAAGGAAGAGGUGAGAGCAAGAUGGCGUUUUACCAGGCGCUCCAAAAUUCAUUAGGAGGAGAGGACAUGAACCCGCUGGUCCAGGGGGCCGCAGUGUGGUACUACUCUCUCCAGCAUUCCUCCGAUGAAUAUGCCAUCUUUUCCAGAGCCCUGGAGAACUCUACACGAGACCAUUUUAUAGCUUGUCCAGUAGUGAAGAUGGCGAAAUACUGGUCUGAGAAUGGGAAAGGCCAUGUAUAUAUGUAUUAUCUUCCUGAGACCUACUCCCAAGGCAGUCUGUGUCUUGUGCAGAAUAUCAUGUACGCUUUUGGAAUUCCUUACUCAAACUAUAGAAGUCAGUUUUCUCCGGAAGAACAGAAUCUUUCCUUACAGAUUAUGCAAUACUUGGCCAACUUUGUGAGAACAGGAGUCCAUUACACAACGUUACAUAUAAUUGUUUCUUCUUUCGGAGAUGUUUAUAUUAAAACGCUACAUUUAGAUAUUUUUUUUCUUCCAGAAACCCCAAUUUUCUUACAAUUUUUCAAGAAAAAGGAACAUGGCUUUACCGUCAUGGCCGGAGCACCGGUGCACGGAGGUGGAGGCAGAUAUAAAGAAUUUACAGCACUCUUACCAAACCACCAAGGGCUGAAAAAAGCCGAGUGUUCAUUCUGGAAUCAGCUCAUCCCAGUCCUGAAGUCACCUGCAAGUUUACAGUCUGGAACCAGGAUCGGCAAAAAUAGCACAGAAAGUGGAUUACCAUCUGCAGUGACAGAAGCCGGCCGGAAAGUAGACCAAGGCUCUUACGCCUGAUAGACGUGACGUGAUCCCGCGUCCUAU